AACCUGGCAGGCAGCAGGAAAUACGCGGAGAAGGCGUCGGUGGUUUGACACUCAGACAGACAGGCGCAGGCAGCGGCGGAGCUCGUCCAGUUUCCACCGGUGAAAAGCUGGCAUUUCAACCCAAAGCUAACAAAGAGCCAAAUAUCUGGACUCCAAAUAACACCGGCGGCGGCGAGCGAUGCAUAAGAUGCCUGGUCCACUUGGCAACCCAAAGCCUAGAAAGAGGAAGAGACGAUCUGAGGUCAGAGGCUCUACAAAGGUUUCUGCGACAGGGAGGAAAAAUCUUAAAAGCCAGAAGCUGCUCUCAUCAGAAGAGGAAAGUUCAGCACUUAAGUCUUCAAAAUCGACUGAUAUACUGUCUUAUAUCAGCUGUGAGUGCCUGGAGGCCGCCGACAGGAGGAGGUGCUCAGGUUCACCGGAGCUGGAAGGUCAGGAGGGUAAAGAAAACGAGCUGAAGUCGGAGCAGGAGGUCAGCAGCUGCAAAGCUAACAGCUUCCUGGAGGAACAGCCUUCUGAGCGUAUGGAUUCUGACAACAAUAGUCGGAUGCUGUUCCAAGAUGAUGACAGUAAUCAGAUCCUUCCUGUGGAGCAGUUCUUUGGAAACCUGGAUAUCGUGCAGGACUUUCCUCAGAGAUCACCCGCUACGUCUCCCAGCGCCCGCAGGAAGGAGAGGAGCCGGCACUUCUACGCACAGGAGGACAGUGAAGAUGGCGAGGCGAGCCUUCAACCAGAGCAGGGGGCUGGCACUUAGUCAAUGGAAACAGAGCACCAUCCCAGCACUUUGGAGAAAGCAACAAGCUACCUGCUCAGACACUGCAUCCAGUCGGUUCUCUUCAUCCGUCCAAAUCUCCCCGUCCACAAUGAAGGAGGUAGAGUGGAGCUGGCUCUCAGAAUCAAAAAUUUUAACGGUUUUUAGCCGUGCCAAACCGUCUGCUCUGAUGCCGUAAACUAUCUCAGAAGCCAAAAUAACAACUUUAAAAGAAACUUCAGCUAGAAGCAAACACUCAAGUGCUUUUUAAAAAGUAUAUAUUAACAUAUACUCUCAUUGAUCCAUCCUAAGUUAUUGCCCGUUUGUCUUAGUGGCACUUAAGGAGAGAUUUGAUAAAAGAACAAAGAACCUUUCAGAAUACAGCAACAUUAGGAAGUCCCUGAUUUCUAGUGUUUGUAAAAUUCUGACCCAGUGAUACAGAUUGUAGCCGAUUCAGAUAUUUUCUUUAAUUAAUAGCAAUUAAAUGGACAUUUUAUCUGGUGGUUCUGUCUCCGACCACAUUUAAAUGUUUGAAUUCAGCAGCAGGUUCCAGCCUGAAGGGAACAUAGGAGGAAAAACAUAGAUCAGUGUUCACUGUCAGUCAAACUUUAAAAUCCCUUUAUUGCGCUCAUUUCUUGAUGCAUCUCUAUUUUUCUUUUCCUGGCUCCAGUGCGACGUACUGAUUUGAAUAAAUCUAACAGCACUUAAAAGUUGCACAGAUUGAAUCCAGGGAAUAAAAACAAAGACAAAUCCCUCCUUUAGCUUUCUGCAUGGCAGCUGGAUACAUAGCUGCACUCUGUGCUGAUUUCCUGUAUUAGAUCAUAAAAUAUCCAACUGAUUUAACAUCACAGGCUGAGAUGCCAAAAUAUUGCUGAAUUAAACAGAAAAAUGUUGGGGUUCUCGUGUUUCUACCUGUUAGUUUAUAGACAAAGUUUGAACCAAGUUAAAGGUGUUUGAUGAAUAUAACUACCUAGAUCCGAUCGGUUUAUAAGCUCAUCAUAAUGAAUGUCAUAUUCCAGCCAUUUUUUCACCAAGUGUCUAAAAUCCAUAAAGGUUUUUGGCAGCUUCAUAAUGUAAUGUCUGUGUAUGUAUAUGUGUAUAUAUAUAUUUAUUUUAGG